AUGCCCCACGACGAUUUACGGGUGGAGUGGAUCCGAAAGUGCGUGACUGCAGGCUUCGUGUUGUCGGAGCGUCCCGAGUGUUUCGAGGAGCUGCUGCAGCGCGGAGAUGGAGAAGAGGAGAGGACCAUCGUCCAGUACCUGGACCAGACCUCCCUGGACGACCAUCCGUCCUGUCUCAUGUUCUAUAAAAUCAUCAGAGAGGAGACCGUUGAAAUGGAAGUUCCUCCGGAGACUGUUGUUAAACCAAAGGAUAUGAAAGAGGCCAGUGUCCUAAUGCCCAGGCUACUUGAAAUGGGUUUUCAUUGUGACCACCCCCUUCAGGUGCUGAAGAACAAACUUGUCCAUCAUUAUAUACCACUGCUCACUGCACGUCAAAUGAGAGAAACUGGAGCAAGUGGUGCUGGUGAUGGCGGUGGUACGGUGAAGCCAAGUGUGAAAUUCAAGCGUGAUACCUUGCUCAACCUGACACACAAGUUUUUGGCACAAGUCGAUUCAUCUCUUCGACAACUUCAAGUUCAAGAUGAGAUUUCACUCCACAUCCCUGAGCUUGACCUGGAGCCAGAUGUGGAUCUACUAGUUUCUGAUCCAGACAUGGUGGAGCAGCUGGAGCUCUGUGUGGUGAAGUGGCAGACUCAGAUGACCAUUGCUCUUGAAGAGCAGCAAAACAAAAUCCCACAGGCACCAGGGCCUAUGGCUGAGAUAGCACUUUGGCAGGAGCGUGCGUCUGUCCUCAGCACUUUAAUGGAUCAACUCAAGAAACCUGUGGUACACAAGAUCUUGGCGGUGAUGUCCAAAAUAAAUGCAGGAAUUGUUGACACCCAUGAAAAAGUGGUUUCUGAACUAACAGAAUACCAUUUGGAGGUAGAAGAUAAUUUGUGCUUCCUCAAGACACUGGAAAGACACUUAAUGAAUCUAGCUUCUGAAGAAACUUAUUCUGCAAUCUGUGAAAACAUCCCUCCUCUGAUGGACAGUUUGCAUCUUGUAUGGAUAAUGUCUGCCCACUAUAAUACAAAUGAAAGGAUGGUGCCACUGAUGGAGCGUAUCGCCUGGCAGCUGUGUGAGCGUGUGGGUCCCACAAUUAAUGUCCACACAUUAUUCAAAGAAGAGAGGGAACUGGGCAAAUCCAAGAUGCAAGGGGCUAAGCAGCUUCUGGACCAGUGGAAAUUAUCAUACGGUGAAAACCGUGCUGAAAUUGAAAAAUCAGGAAGAGCUCCACGCUGGGAAUUUGAUCGCAAAAGGUUGUUUGAGAGGACUGAUCACAUGGCCUCUGUCUGCGGGGACCUGUGCAAUGUUUUUCAGGCUUUGGAGGAAUUUUACAACUUCUUCUCUAGACCAGAGCUGAAGAGUGCCACAAACAACUCUGAACUUCUUACAAAAGUGAAUGGUUUGGUUUUACCUUUUGAAAAGAUCACUUUUAACCCUUUCAUCAAUACUGAGAAGAAGAACUGGCAAAAGAUAAUGCAAGACUUUGACAGUACAGUGAGGGCUAUUGAGGAAGAAACCAUCAGCUUCAUUGAUCUUUCUUUUAAGACACUGGACUCUUCAGUCGCUGGCUUUAACAUGCUACUGAAUUUAAAAGAAAUCCCUUCCAGAGAAGCCAUCCAAAAACAUUUGAUGACAAAGUUUGAUGACAUCCUGGCCCAGUACAGUACAGAGUUGGACACGAUAAACGAAAUCUUUGAAGCCCAGAAGGACAAUCCGCCAUUGAAGGAGUAUGAACCGCCGGUGGCCGGAGCCAUCGGAUGGACUAAGUCUCUUUUCCAUCACAUCAAACAAACCAUUGUUCCUGUCCUGGACGUACCGGAGGUGAUUGAGAGUGAACAUCACAAAGAGAUCAGUGACAAGUAUGUGCAAAUUGCACUCAAGUUCAAAGAAUAUAUGACAAACAGGCACGAGGGUUGGCAAAAAUUGGUAGAAAGCCAUUUGCCAUUGCUUCUGAAGAAAACCGUGUUGACUACCAGUGAAAACCGAGGGACGGCUGCCCCACUGACUGAAAUAAGCCAAAAACAAGAUGUGAGAUACAGAGUAAACGUCCCUCAUGUACUACAUGAAAUGAUUUCCGAGACAAAUCAGCUCAUGUUACUGGGUUACUCUGUACCUGAUCACACCCAAAGUUUGGCUCUGCAAAAAGACCUAUUGACCAGGCACAUACAGAGUCUGAACAAACUUCUCUGCCGUUACCACUCUGUGAUGGACAGCCUGAGUGAGAUGCAUCUUGUUAUGUUGGCACAGCAAAUAGAAGAAGUCCAAGAGCUGUUGAAUUUCGGAUGCGAAAGAAUCACCUGGAGUUGCUCAACGAUAUUGGACUUCGUCAACCGAGCCGCCCAGGCUGUAUCUGAGUUUGAGUCAGUGGUCCAUCUCAUGAAGAACAUUGAGACUGAUGUCGAUUCCAAGUUGCAGUCCAUCCUGAUGACCAACUUACUGAAUUUUCCAGUACCAGAUAAAUCAAAUGAAUUACCAGAUGUCAAGGUGUUCUGUGAGCACAUUGAGCGAGAGCGGGUCAAGACCGUAGCUUCGCUGCGUCGAAAGUAUACUGACAUCGGCAACCUCAUCACUAAGACGGAACAUUUUAUCCUGAGAACCAGCAGUGGGAAAGCCAAAUCUAUGGCAUCUUACUAUAUGUUCUGGGAACGCAAGGUGCUAGACUGUCUUGUUAAGAUGGUCCUAAGGAACAUUCAUGCAUUCAACAUGGCGCUGAUGGGAAAUACUCCUCUUUUCCAAGUUUUAGUCAUCCUGUCUGCCCCUAAGAUUGUGUUGCAGCCGAGAAGUAAUGAAAUCUUCAAUCUGAUUAUGCAGUGCAUCAGAAACUGUAUAGAGAGUACCGAGCAAUUUCCACGUUGGAUGCAUGGGACUUGCGUUGAAUGCCCCUCUCAGUGCGUGGACGGUGAAGAUGAGACGGUGACAUUUACCUUCUUAAAUGAAUUGCGGCCGCACCCACAGAUACGUGAAAGUACCUCAGUGGUGUCUGAGAACGUUAAAAGGCUGCUCCUUUCUGUGGAUCAGUACCUUCACCACUGGAAACGCUAUCAACGUCUUUGGGAAUUAAACAAAACGAUUGUCACUGAAAAAUUUGCUUCAAAGCAACCGUCCUUUGUCAUGUAUGAUGAAAGACUGCAGAUGCUUAGUAACAUCAAUCAAGAUGUGCUGAAAGAGUCUCUGUGCAAGACCGAGCACAUUAUCCUGCUGAACUUGGCGCCGCUGGCGUGCACGGUUCAGGAGAUUGCAGAGUCCUGGAUCAGUUCACUAUGCGUCUUACUUAACAAGCCCGCCAAAGAGGAGCUCUUCAACUUGAGGGAUGAAGUCACGCAACUCUCCAAGAGGGUGAAGGAGAGCCCUGACGAUUUUGAAAAGCUGAAAUCUGUCAUCAGUACCAUCUCAGACAUCAGGGACAUGUCCAUAGAUGUUGAACUGAGAAUCAUUGACAUCCAGGAGAGAUACAGAACACUGACCAUGUACAAAGCAGAGAUUGGAGAGGAUGAACUGGAGCUGAUGGGCAAUAUCAGCCAGAUGUGGAGUGACCUUUGUACAGAUUCUAAACAAGUGGAUGAAAGUCUGACAGAUGUGAAAAAAUCAUAUUCUCUGAUGAUAAAGGAGAAGAUCGAAGACUUAAAGCAAGUUUUGCGCAUUUUUGCUGAAAGCUUCGACAUGCAUGGCCAUGGGGCAGUGGGGGAUGAUUUGGAGAAAGGUCUGGACAUAAUGGGACAAUAUGAAGCAGACUUUGCCAAUAUCGUGAGAGAACAGCAGGAGCUCACUAAUGCUGAGAGGCUGUUAGACCUACCAGUCACCACAUACCCAGAGUUAACCAGGAUUCACAAAGAAAUGAAUAGUUUGAGACAAAUAUAUGAUGUAUACAGAGCCCAAAAGGAUGCAAAGUCCAAAUGGUCUCAGACUUUGUGGGUGGAUUUAGAUAUCCAAGUGCUGCAGGAGGGAAUAGACGGCUUCAUCAAAAGCUUGAGGAAACUGCCCAAAGAUGUGAGGUCCUUGCCUGUGGCCCUUUUUCUAAGUGGACGCAUGAAAGAGUUCAGAGAAUCUCUGCCUCUCCUGAUGGAUCUGAAGAACGAGGCCUUGCAAGACCGGCACUGGCAGGCGUUAAUGGAAAGAACAGGUUCUAGCUUUCAGAUGAACACUACUUACUUCACUCUGGAGAACGUGUUUGCUAUGGAGCUGCACAGACAUGCAAAUGUCAUUGGCGACAUUGUCACUUCUGCUGUCAAAGAGCUGGGCAUUGAGAAGGGCGUGAAGGCAGUGGCACAAACCUGGGAAAACAUGAAGUUCAGUGUGCAGCCUUACGUGAAAGGCAGCCAGAAACAUGGAUCUGUUUUGGGAGCCAUGGAUGAAGUUCUGCUUAACGUGGACAAUGACAUCAUGAACCUGCAGAGCAUGGCUGGCAGCCGUUUCGUUGGGCCUUUCCUUGCUGCAAUACAGCAAUGGGAGAAAGAUCUGUCUCUGAUCAGUGAGACGGUAGAGAUGUGGUUGCUUGUUCAACGAAAAUGGAUGUACUUGGAGAGCAUUUUCACUGACGAAGACAUUCACUCACAGUUACCUGAGGAUGCAAAGAAGUUUGAUAACAUCAGCAAUACGUUUAAUGGAAUAAUGAUGGAUACAGUGAAGGGCCCGAGCAUUAAGCGGUGCUGCCUGGUUCCUGGCCGGCUAGCAAGCCUGCAGGCCUUGAGUAACGGUCUUGAAAACUGUCAGAAGAGUCUCAAUGAAUACCUGGACUCCAAGCGAAAUGUCUUUCCUCGCUUCUUCUUCAUUUCCGAUGAUGAGCUGCUCAGUAUUUUGGGGAACAGUGACCCUGCUUGUGUCCAGGAACAUAUGAUAAAGAUGUAUGACAAUAUAGCGUCUCUAAGAUUUGAUGUGGCGAGCGGUGGGACGGCGUUAGUUGGAGCCAUGGUGUCUGCUGAGGGGGAGGUGAUGGAGUUGAGGAAACCUGUCCCAGUGGAGGGAAGAGUGGAGGAGUGGAUGAUGGGAGUUCUACAGGAGAUGAGGAGGACGAACAGGCUCAUCACGAAGGAGGCAAUCUUCUACUACUGUAAAGACAAAAGCAGGGUGGAUUGGAUGAUGUUGUACCAGGGCAUGAUGGUGCUGGCUGCAAAUCAAGUGUGGUGGACCUGGGAAGUAGAAGAUGUUUUUAAAACUGUGGCGAAAGGAUCUAAGAAUGCACUGAGGAGUUAUGCUGAGAAGAUGCACAGGCAAAUCGAUGAGCUGGUCACACGUAUUGUUCAGCCCAUGAACAAAAAUGACAGACGAAAGAUCAACACAGUGCUCAUCAUUGAUGUCCAUGCCAGAGACAUCGUGGACAGUCUUGCGGGUGCCAGCAUAACGGAUUCACAAGCAUUUGAGUGGGAAAGCCAACUAAGAUUCUACUGGGUCCGGGACCAUGACAACCUGUUUGUGCAUCAGUGCAGCGCCUCGUUCUCUUACGGCUAUGAAUACAUGGGGUUGAACGGUCGACUGGUUAUAACUCCACUGACCGAUCGCAUCUACCUCACCGUCACACAGGCCCUCUCCAUGUACUUGGGUGGAUCUCUUGCAGGACCAGCUGGUACAGGAAAGACAGAGUCCACCAAAGAUCUGGCAAAGGCCUUAGGACUGCUAUGUGUGGUGACAAACUGUAGCGAGGGCAUGGACUACAUGGCUAUGGGGAAGACCUUCUCUGGCCUUGCCCAGUGUGGAGCUUGGGGCUGCUUUGAUGAAUUCAAUCGUAUUGAUGCCUCAGUAUUGUCAGUUAUCUCCUCCCAAAUCCAGACCAUCCGCAACGCUCUCAUGUUACACCUCACAAAGUUUCAGUUUGAAGGGCAAGAAAUCAGUCUGGAUAGCAGCAUGGGAGUUUUCAUCACGAUGAAUCCCGGUUACGCUGGGCGUACAGAGCUGCCGGACUCGGUCAAAGCCCUCUUCAGGCCCGUCGUCGUCAUUCUGCCUGAUCUGCAGCAGAUUUGUGAGAUCAUGCUGUUCUCCGAGGGCUUCCUAAUGGCCAAGGUCCUGGCAAAGAAGAUGACAGUGCUGUAUAAGUUGGCUCGAGAGCAGCUGUCGAAACAAUCUCAUUACGACUUUGGUCUCCGUGCUCUGAAGUCUGUCCUGGUGAUGGCUGGAGAGUUAAAGAGAGACUCACUGGAUCUUAGUGAGGAUGUUGUAUUGAUGCGUGCCCUCAGAGACAUGAACACGCCAAAGCUGGUGUUUGAGGACGUCCCUUUGUUCCUCGGGCUGGUUUCUGACCUGUUCCCUGGGCUGGACUGCCCUCGGGUUCGAUAUCCCAAAUUCAACGAUGCAGUGGAGCAGAUCCUGCAAGAAAACAAAUAUGUCAUCCUGCCUAAUCAGAUGGAUAAAGUGGUGCAGAUGUAUGAGACGAUGAUGACCCGGCACACUACGAUGAUCGUCGGCCCAACGGGUGGAGGAAAAUCAGUUGUGAUCAGCACAUUAUGCCAAGUUCAGACAAAAUUGGGACUUCAUACCAAGUUAUAUCCCCUGAACCCUAAAGCCACGAGUGUCAUUGAACUUUAUGGAAUUCUUGACCCAGACACGAGAGACUGGACUGAUGGGAUUUUAUCCAACAUCUUCCGUGAAAUCAACAAACCUACUGACAAAAAGGAGCGAAGGUACAUCCUGUUUGAUGGGGAUGUGGAUGCCUUGUGGGUGGAGAAUAUGAACUCAGUGAUGGACGACAAUAGGCUCCUCACACUAGCCAACGGGGAACGGAUCCGUUUACAGAAUCACUGCGCGCUGGUGUUUGAGGUUGGAGACUUGCAAUAUGCUUCCCCUGCUACCGUGUCCCGAUGUGGGAUGGUUUUUGUUGACCCCAAAAACCUGCGGUAUAACCCGUACUGGCUAAGAUGGACCAGUAACAGACCUGACAAGGAACAAGAGAUGCUGAACAACCUGUUUGAGAAAUAUGUGCCCAGCUCCAUUGACAUGAUUCUAGAUGGCAUUGUUGAUGGUAAUCAGGGCCAGAAACUGGAGACUGUUAUCCUUCAAACAGAUCUGAAUAUGGUCACACAGUUGUGCUUCACAUUGGAUGCGUUGCUUGAGGAAGAGAACAGCAGUGCUGAUGUCCUGGAGUGCUACUUCCUGGAAUCUCUGUACUGCUCACUCGGAGCUACGUUGGUGGAAAGCGAUAAGGUCAAGUUUGACAAUUUCAUCAAAAGGCUUUCCUGCUUACCCACAGUGCAUGAUGAGGAAAACCUUGCUGGUCCGGGUGAGAUCCCAGGAUAUUUCCCAACUCUGUAUGAUUUCCAUUUUGAUGGAAUACAGAAAAAGUGGCUUCCCUGGAGUUCAUUGGUUACUAAAUACAUUCACAACGCUGAAAUGAAGUUUGCUGAUAUCCUAGUGCCAACUGUUGACACCACAAGAGCCAGCUGGAUCCUGGAACAGAUGGUAAAGAUAAAGAGACCAAUGCUGCAGGUUGGAGAGUCUGGCACUUCCAAGACAGCCACCAUUCAUAACUUCCUCAAGAAUCUGAAUUCAGACAAAAGAAUCACGCUGACCAUCAACUUUUCAUCCAGAACAACUUCAUUAGACCUGCAGAGAAAUCUGGAAGCUAAUGUGGAAAAAAGGACCAAGGAUAAUUACGGGCCUCCUUUAGGGAAGAAACUGCUGGUCUUUAUAGAUGACUUGAACAUGCCACGGGUGGAUACUUAUGGCACGCAACAGCCUAUUGCACUUCUGAAGCUGCUGUUGGAUCGAGGAAGCAUGUAUGACAGAGGAAAGGAACUGAACUACAAAACCAUUAAUGACCUUGGCUAUAUUGCUGCAAUGGGAAAAGCUGGAGGGGGUAGGAAUGAAGUGGAUCCACGCUUCAUCUCGCACUUCAGUGUUUUCAGCAUUCCCUUCCCAGCAGUGGAGUCUCUGCAACUCAUCUACGGCUCCAUUAUCACAGGCCACACCAGACCAUUUGAGGAAGCCAUACGGAACAUUUGUGACAAAGUCACCUUCUGCACACUGGAACUUUAUAACACCAUCAUCAAAGAUCUACCACCCACUCCCUCCAAGUUUCAUUAUGCCUUUAACCUGAGGGACCUGUCAAGAGUGUACAAUGGACUGACCCUUACUACACCAGAAAGAUUUACAACUGUUACCCAAUUUGUGCGUGUCUGGAGAAACGAGUGCCUGAGAAUCUUCCAUGACAGACUUAUUAAUGAAGAGGACAAAGCUUUGGUCCAAAGUCUAAUAAAGAACCUGGUUGAAGAGCAUUUCAAAUCAGACAUGGAGGCCGUAAUGAGGGACCCAAUUCUUUUUGGGGAUGCCAGGACAGCCCGUGAUGAAUCUGAACCGAGGGUUUACGAGGACAUCCACGACUACGACGUGUCAAAAGCCAUAUUUCAGGAAAUUCUGGAGGAGUACAAUGAGAGCAAGACGAGGAUGAAUCUAGUUCUGUUUGAUAAUGCUCUGGAGCAUCUGACCCGGGUUCACCGCAUCAUCCGGAUCGAUCGCGCCCAUGCGCUGCUGGUCGGAGUGUCGGGCUCUGGCAAACAGUCUCUCACCAAGCUUGCUGCAUUCAGUGCCGGCUGUGAGGUGUUUGAGAUAACUUUGAGCAGAGGAUACAAUGAGCUGAGCCUCAGAGAAGAUCUAAAAACACUGUACGUGAGGCUUGGGAUUGAAAAUAAAAAGACAGUGUUCCUUUUUACUGAUGCUCAUGUUGCUGACGAAGGCUUCCUGGAGCUCAUUAACGACAUGCUCACCUCAGGCAUAGUUCCUGCAUUGUUUCCUGAAGAUGAGAAGGAGUUAGUUCUCAACCAGCUUCGUGAUGAGGCUCUUAAAAUGGGAGCAGAUCCUUCCAAAGAGAGUAUUUGGCAGUACUUUGUCAAAAAAAGUGUCAGCAAUCUACACAUUGUUUUAUGCAUGUCUCCACUGGGAGACACCCUGAGGACACGUUGCAGAAACUUCCCAGGAUUAAUGAACAACACAGUGAUUGACUGGUUCCUCCCAUGGCCACCACAGGCGUUGCGUGCAGUGGCAAAGUGUUUCCUUGGUGAAAGUCCAAUGAUUCCUGAUUCACACUCUGCAGCGAUUAUAGAUCAUGUCUGUAUGGUCCAUAGCUCUGUGGGUGACUACAGCAAACUAUUCCUCCAAAAACUUAGAAGAUGUAACUAUGUUACCCCAAAGAACUACUUGGAUUUUAUUAACACCUACUCUAAACUCCUGGAGGAAAAGGAUGAAUACAUCCUUGCUCAGUGCAAACAUUUACAGGGAGGGUUGGAGAAACUGAAGGAAGCCAGUGAGCAGCUAGCGGAAAUGAAUAUCCUACUGGCAGAUCAGAAGGUGGUGCUUGCUGAAAAGUCCACAGCUUGUGAAGUUCUGCUGGUAGAGAUUAUCACAAACACCAAAGCAGCUGAGGAGAAAAAGAUUCUGGCUGAAAUGAAAGCUAAAGAGAUCGAGGAGCAGAACGCUGUCAUAGCUGUGGAGAAAAAAGAAGCUGAGAGUUCCCUGGCUGAAGCUUUGCCAGCAUUAGAAACUGCCCGCAAUGCCCUGCAAAACCUGGACAAAUCUGAUGUCGCAGAUAUCCGGUCUUUUGUUAAGCCACCCAAACAAGUGCAGAUGGUUUGCGAGUGUAUCCUCGUGAUACGUGGCCACAGAGAAAUCAGCUGGCUAGCGGCCAAAGGUAUGAUGUCAGAAGCCAACUUCCUGCGCUCAUUGAUGGAAAUGGACUGUGAUUCCAUAACUACUGGCCAGGUCAAAAAGGUCAAAAGUUUCUUAAAGACCAUGCACACGACCUACGAGGAGAUGCAAGCCAUCAGUAAGGCGGGUUCAGGAAUGUUCAAGUUUGUUGAAGCAGUCAUGUGUUACUGCGAGGUUGCCAGGGAAAUAAAACCCAAGAGAGAGAAGGUGGCACGCCUAGAGAAGGACUUCUUUCAGAGUAAACAGGAUCUGGAGCGCAUUCAAAAUGAGCUCAGCAACCUCCAGAAGGAAGUUUAUUCUCUUAAAGAAAGGUAUGAAGACGCUUCUGUGAAUAAGCAGCAGUUGGAGGAGGAGGCCGAGGUGAUGGAGAGGAGGCUGAUCGCUGCCGACAAACUCAUCUCUGGCCUGAGCUCUGAAAAUGAACGGUGGACCAAAGAGCUGGAUGAUUUGCAGCAACGGCGUGUGUAUCUCCUGGGUGACUGUUUGAUCUCGGCUGCUUUUCUGAGCUACGUAGGCGCGUUCAGCUGGAACUUACGCAAUGAAAUGGUUUAUAAAGUUUGGGUCCGAGAUGUGGAGGAGAGAGGCAUCCCCUUGAGUCAGCCUUUUCAAGUGGAAAGUCUUCUCACUGAUGAAGUAGAAAUUAGCAAAUGGGGCUCAGAGGGGCUGCCUCCAGACGAACUGUCCGUACAGAAUGGAAUCCUCACAACAAGAGGGAGCCGGUCUCCUCUGUGUAUUGAUCCUCAAGAGCAAGCACUCAAUUGGAUCAAGAAGAAGGAGGAAAGCAACAACCUCAAGAUCUCAUCUUUCAACAAUCCGGACUUCCUGAAACAGCUAGAGAUGUCCAUUAAGUAUGGCUAUCCAUUCCUUUUUCAAGAUGUGGAUGAGUACAUUGACCCAGUCAUUGACAAUGUCCUGGAGAAGAAUGUAAAAGGACCAGAGGGCAGACAAGUCAUUCUGCUGGGGGACAAGGAGGUGGACUAUGAUCCCAACUUUAAACUUUACCUUAGCACCAAAUUAUCUAACCCCAAAUACUCUCCAUCAGUGUUUGGAAACGCCAUGGUCAUUAACUACACUGUGACCCUGAAGGGUCUGGAGGAUCAGCUCCUCAGUGUCAUCAUGGGCUUUGAGAGGAAGGAGAAGGAAGAGCUGCAUCACCGUUUGAUCCAAGAGACAAGUGACAAUAAGAUGUUGCUAAAAAAACUCGGUGACUCUUUGCUCAGAGAGCUAGCCACAUGUAUAGGCAACAUGUUGGAUAACACAGAACUCAUUCACACGCUGGAGGAAACAAAGUCGAAAGCCGUGGAGGUGUCUGAGAAGCUCAAGUUGGCUCAAGAGACAUCCAAGGACAUCGAGCAACUCAGAGACGGCUACCGACCUGCGGCUAAGCGCGGCGCUAUCCUGUUCUUUGUGCUGACGGACAUGGCUCUGGUUAACAGCAUGUACCAGUACUCGCUCGCCUCCUACCUGCAGCUGUUUGACUUUUCACUGCGGAAAUCUCAGUGUAGCUCAGACCUUCAACAAAGAUUGUUGAACAUCAUGAACACUCUAACAUACAAGAUUUAUGACUAUGGCUGCACAGGGCUAUUUGAGAGGCACAAGCUGCUCUUUUCCUUUAACAUGACCAUAAAGAUUGAGCAAGCUGAGGGGAAAGUGCCACAGGAGGAGUUGGAGUUUUUCAUCAAAGGUAAUCUAUCUUUGGAAAAAAGCAGUAAUAAAAAGCCGUGUGACUGGCUCCCUGAUCAGGGCUGGGAGGAUAUGGUGAAACUUGCAGAGCUCUUUCCUGAGAAGUUCGGCUCUCUUCUCAACGACAUUGAGAAAAAUCCCUCUGACUGGAAAUCUUGGUCUGACCUGGAUGCACCAGAGCAGGCUCCAUUUCCCAUGAAAUACGGGGAGAGUCUCUCAGCCUUUCAGAGACUUCUGUUGCUGCGCUGUUUCCGUGUUGACAGAGUCUUCAGAGCUGUGACCAACUAUGUCAAUGUUACCAUGGGCAAGAAAUACGUACAGCCACCUGUGGUGAACUUUGUGGGUAUUUAUGAGCUUAGCACACCGUUCUCCCCCAUCGUCUUCAUCCUGAGCCCCGGCUCUGACCCGGCCAGCGACAUCAUGAAACUAGCAGAGGCGUCAGGAUUUGGAGGUGGCAGGUUCAAAUUCCUUGCAAUGGGCCAAGGCCAGGAGAAGGUGGCACUGCAGUUGUUGGACAUCGCAGUAGCUCGUGGUCAGUGGUUGAUGCUGCAGAACUGCCACCUGCUGGUGAAGUGGCUGAAGGACUUGGAAAAGGUCUUAGACAGAAUUUCUAAGCCAGACCCCAAGUUCCGCUUGUGGAUCACGACCGACCCCAUUAAGGAUUUCCCCAUUGGCAUUCUGCAAAAGUCUCUAAAGGUAGCGACGGAGCCUCCCAGUGGUCUCAAGCUGAACAUGCGAGCCACGUACUCCAAGAUCUCCAGUGCAACCUUGUCUAAAUGCCCACACCCUCAAUUCAGCAGUCUGGUCUACGUGCUGGCCUUUUUCCACGCCGUGGUACAAGAGAGGCGCAAGUACGGAAAGAUCGGCUGGAAUGUAUCGUACGACUUCAGCGAGUCAGACUUCUUUGUGUGUAUGGAGAUCCUAAACACAUACCUGACAAAGUCUCACAAGCAAGGAGACGGAGACAUUCCCUGGGAAACUCUCAAAUAUCUUAUCGGGGAGGUGAUGUAUGGUGGGAGAGCCAUCGACAGCUUUGACCGCAGGAUCCUGAACGUUUACAUGGACGAGUACCUGGGAGACUUCCUCUUCUGGACGUUUCGGGAGUUCCACUUCUUCAGAAACAAAGAGAUCGAUUACAAAAUCCCUGAAACUGGGAAGACAAAUGUUUAUAUCGAUGAGAUUGAGAACAUGCCACUCGUAAACACACCAGAGGUGCUGGGACUUCAUUCCAACGCGGAGAUCGGAUACUACACUCAGUCAGUUAAAGAGAUGUGGACUCAUUUAAUCGACCUGCAGCCUCAGACAAGUGAAUCCAGUGGAAGCAUCAGCAGAGAUGAACACAUAAGCCAGGUGGCCCAAGACAUUCAGAAUAAGCUGCCUGAGCUUUUCAACGUAAACGUGAUCCAGAAAUCGUUUGGCACGGACAUCUCUCCGACUUCAGUCGUUCUGCUUCAAGAACUGGAGCGCUUCAACAAACUGGUGGUCCGCAUGCAGCUGUCGUUAGCUGAGCUGCAGAGGGCCUUGGCUGGUGAGGUGGGGAUGAGCAGUGAGCUGGACGAUGUGGCUCGGGCUCUUUUCAACGGUCACAUUCCUGCUAUUUGGAAGAAGCUGGCGCCCGACACCCUGAAGUCCCUCGGCAACUGGAUAAGCCAUUUCAUGAGGCGCUACGAACAAUACAGAUGUUGGGUAAAGACGGUCACAUGUGAACGAGGGGAGCCUAAGGUGAUGUGGCUGUCAGGACUGCACAUCCCUGAGUCUUACCUGACGGCGAUGGUCCAAGCCGCCUGCAGGAAGAACGGCUGGCCUCUGGAUCAAUCCACACUCUACACAGAAGUGACCGGGCUCCGCAGUGAGGAGGAAGUCGGUGACUUCCCCAGGCAGGGCUGCUUUAUCUCCGGCCUGUCUGAGGGAGCGGACUGGGACAUGGAGAACACCUGCCUAAGAAGGAGCAAACCAAAGGCCUUGGUUGUUGAGCUGCCCAUUCUUAAAAUCAUCCCCAUAGAGGCGCAUCGCCUCAGACUACAGAAUACCUUGAGGACACCGGUGUACACCACGUCUUUGCGAAGGAAUGCGAUGGGUGUAGGGUUGGUGUUUGAAGCAGAUCUGUCUACGUCCAUUCACAUCUCUCACUGGGUUCUGCAGGGAGUGUGUCUGUAUCUCAACGAGGACUAA